AUGAAGGCGCAUUUAGAGUCUCAAGGAAAACAAGUUUGGAAAGUUGUUGUAGAAGGUCCUUUUGUUCCAAGAACUGUUGUUAAUGGUGUUGCCUCCAUAAAGCCUAAAGCAUCAUGGGAUGAAGAUGAUGAGAAAAAGGUCCUUCACGACAAAAAGACUCUUACUAAUGAUGAACUUAAUCUUAAAGUGCUUAUAUCUUUAACCAGGGAAUGGAAACCAAAAGUAAUGACGAUAUCCAAAAAGAAAAGUCUAUCUUCAAUGACUUCUUCAACUUUAUUUGGAAAAAUUCAAGAAUACGAGACAGAACUUGGAAGACUUGAAACCCAUGAAAACCAAGAGAAGAAAUCCAAAGGAAUUGUUUUAAAAGCUGACUCAAAAGAAGUUGAAAAAGAAAAUAAUCUGGUAGAAGAAGAGAACUUCAUGCUUCUUGUAAAAAGGAUUUAUGAAGAAGAUCAUAAUGCACAUUACAAACUUGUCAAGGAUAGGAGAGGCAAGCAGAACCGUAGCACACCUUAUGAUGCUCCAGUUGGAAAGGGAAAAGCAGAAGUGGCUAAUGGCAAGAAAACUAGUGGGGGAGGAUCUCCUGCUAGCGUGGUUUGUUUCAAAUAUGGAGAACCUGGUCACAAGAGUGAUGUGUGUACUGCUGGGGAGAAAAGAUGUUUCCGUUGUGGUAAGACAGGACACGUAACUACUGAUUGUAAGCAUAAGGAAGUUAUCUGUUUCAAAUGUGGUGAAGAAGGGCAUAUUAGUAGCAAGUGUCAGAAACCAAAGAGGGAACCAGGCAAUGGAAAAGUGUUCGCUUUAGCUGGAACUCAGACAGCUAAGGAGGACAGGAAUGCCGGAGGUGCAUAUUUCAUUAGUAAUACUUUUAAUUACUAUCAUUGA